AUGUCUGAAUCAGAUAGUAUGAAAAGUGGGUCUAGUACCCGUAACUUCUUUUCUAGGGUCCUAAGCAAACUAGAAAUUCCUGUAGAAGAAAGACAAACUUUAUCCUUUUUAAGAAACCCUGAUCUUCUACCCAUCCCAAAAGAGAGACAAACUUGGGGGUUUUGGUCUAAUUUCGGUUAUUGGGGGAUUAUAUCUUUCUCUGUUGGUACUUGGAUGUCUGCUGCAUCUGCUUUAUCUGUCGGUUUAUCCUAUCCUGAGACCAUCGGUACUUUUAUUGUUGGUGAUGUAGUCACUAUCAUGUUCACAUUAGCCAAUUGUUAUCCCGGUUGGGAUUGGAAAGUCGGUUACACAUUGUCUCAAAGAUUUGUAUUUGGUAUCUAUGGGUCUACUAUUGGUAUCUUGAUUAGAGUCUUAAUGAGUAUUGUUAACUACGCUUCCAAUGCUUAUGUUGGUGGUCUUUGUAUCAAUAUGAUUAUAAACUCAUGGUCGCAUCAUUAUCUUCAUUUGCCAAAUACUUUAUCUUCCAAUGUUAACGUUACUACUAAAGAAAUUAUUGGGUUUAUAUUGUUCCAUGUGAUUACUGCAUUUUUUUAUCUUUUAAAACCAUAUCAAAUCAAUUACAUUUUAAUUGUUGCAUGUUGGGCUACUUGUUUCUCUAUGAUGGGUAUAGUCAUUUAUCUAGCUCAUUUAGCCGGAGGUGUUGGUGACCUUUUCAUCUCCACCAAAAGUACUGCUACGGGGUCUGCUAAGGCUUGGGCUUGGGUUUAUAUGAUCUCUUAUUGGUUCGGUUCCGUCUCUCCAGGUUCUGUCAACCAAAGUGAUUAUUCAAGAUUCGGUUCUUCUUUGACUGCUAUUUAUUUAGGUACCAUCUUAGCUUUAUUGAUUCCAACCACUGUAGUCCCUGUAUUUGGUGUUAUUGGUGCUUCCACCACAGAAAAAUUGUAUGGGCAACAAUUAUGGCAACCGAUGGACAUCUAUGAAUAUUGGUUGAAACAAGAUUACACUGCAGGCGGUCGUGCAGGUUCAUUCUUUUGUGGUCUUUCAUUCACUUUAGCACAAAUUGCUUACACAACUUCUAAUGCUGGUUUUGCUUCAGGUAUGGAUUUAGCAGGUAUCUUACCACAAUAUAUUAAUAUUCCAAGAGGAGCACUUUUCACUGCUGCAAUCUCUGUGGCGUUACAACCUUGGAAUUUCUAUAACGAGUCCUCAAAUGUCUUCUUAACUGUUAUGGGUUCCUUCGGUAUUGUGAUGACUCCAAUUAUCGCCGUCAUGAUCUGUGAUAAUUUAGUAAUCAGAAAAAGAUUGUAUACUGUCUCUGAUGCAUUCAAGCUACAUGGUGAAUAUUAUUUCACUAAAGGCUUGAAUUGGAGGGCCUUUAUUGCAUGGAUCUGUGGGAUGACUCCUGGUUUACCUGGUAUGGCAUGGCAGGUCAACCCAAACUACUUCCAUAAUAAGGGGAUUGUCAAUUUCUUCUAUGGUGACUCCUUCUUUGCAUUUGUCAUAUCGUUUUUCUUAUAUUGGAUCUUGUGUUUGAUCUUCCCAUACAAGAUCGAAGUGUUGACAGAUGAUAAAGAUUACUAUGGUGCCUUUGAUGAUGAGACAGCUAGAGCUAAGGGUCUUGUUCCAUUCAGUGAAUUAGAACCAGAUGAAGUUGACCAUUAUAAAUUUGAACAUAAAUAUGAAAUACACCAUGCUAAUCAAAACGAUGUUGAAUCUAGCGUUGAUAUCUCUGAGAGUAUGAAGACUGAAGAUAAAUGUAACAAAGAAGAAGUUGUCAUUUCUAGAUCUACAAGUAACAAUAGUGAUGACAAUAAAAAAUAA